CUCUCUUGACUCUGGACAUUAUCUCGGUAACCAAGGUGACGCUAGCUUUAAAGGAAAAUGGCCCCGGCCUUGUUAAACGCACAGGAAAACAGCUAGCUCACCGAGCUAACCUGAGCUGUUUGGAAUGUGCCACAGAGUUACUAUUCUGUCCACACCGUAUGAUCGCAGUGAGCCCUUUUUAAGGUAGUUAAUGUCAACCAUUCAACUUUUAUUCAGCCUGAGCAAAUCCCUAUCACUAGCAUGUUUACUGACGAGGCGCUGGAUCCAGUGAGUAUCCGGUCUCUGUGGAGGAUAUCUCAGCAGUCGGUGCAGGAGUCGAGAGGCUGUCAGACCAGAGCUGUGCCCAGUGCUGAGGCAGAGAUACAGACUCUAUCGGUCACCAUCAGCUGCACCCAAACAGAACCAGAGGAUCAGGCCAACCAGCAGCUCUUCCAGCAAAGCCAUGAGGAGCUGGAGCCGCCUGGCCUCAAGGACUUCCUGCUGCAAGUUGAAGACACGGUCAUCAGGGAGUUGGUCAGAAAUGCCCGGAGUCACGCCUUUGAUGAGUUCCAGGUGAACUGGGAAGAUCAGAGUCAGCUAGUUUCAUGCCUCCAUGGCCUUCAACAUCCCAGCGCUCAGGAGAGAGGGCUUCAUGUAACCAGUGUGUCCUGGAGUUGUACAGGUUCAGUUAUUGCCUGUGCCUACGGUCGGAUUGACGAUGGGGACUGGAGCACUGAGAGGUCCUGUAUUUGUACGUGGAACCUGGACCGUCGCAGUCUGAAUCCCAAACAAGCGGACCUGGUCAUAGAUGUUCCCACUACAGUCACCGCUCUGUGCUGUCAUCCCAACCAGCCCGCCCUCAUUGCAGGGGGUCUUUACAGUGGAGAGGUGGUGGUCUGGGACACCAGUCGGACUCAGGACCCUGUGCUGGUCCAAACUGGUAUGUCAGCAGACAGCCACAGAGAGCCUGUUUAUCAGGUUGAAUGGGUGCCCCUGCAUAAGAAAGGAGAGUUUGGGGUGCUCAGUGCUUGUUCAGGAGGAAGGGUACUCCUGUGGACGGUGGACUCAGACCUGAGCAGGUUUGUCCUGAAUGCUGCCUACGCCUUAGUACGACAGCAGGUUCCCCACAGCAGCAACAUCAGCUUCAAGGCCCGGGGCAGCAGCACCGUGGGUGUCACCUCCUUGGCUCUGUCCCCCUGGGACCCUGACACCUUCUUGGUGGGCUCGGAGAGCGGCCUGCUGCUUAGAUGCUCCUUCUCCUCCCUGAAGCCGGCUGCUUUGCCUUCCGAAGGCUACAAUGUGACACUGAGAGCCCCGGCGGUCUUCCUGUUUAGGCCCUGCAGCGGCCCCGUCCACUCCAUACACUGCUCCCCUUUCCACAGGAACCUGUUUGUGAGUGCAGGGACUGAUGGUCUGGCCCACCUCCACUCUCUGCUGCAGGCCAACCCGCUGCUCUCGCUCAGGGUUUCAGAUUCCUACGUGUUUCAGGUGCAGUGGUCUCCAACCAGACCGCUGGUGUUUGCAGCAGCCACCGGACAAGGUCAGGUGCAGAUAUUCGACCUGGGCCGCAGGUCCCUGAGGCCAGCAGCCACCAUCGAGCAGGGAGGUGCAGACCAAGCUGCAACUUGUUUGGCCUUCAACCGUCAGAAUCCUCACCUCCUGGCAGUGGGGAAAACUAACGGGACGGUCUCCAUUUGGCAGCUGAGCCACGAUUUAACGGAGCAGAGCCCCAGAGAGAGCAGCCACCUGGAGCAGAUAGCCAAUGAGGUGGCAGAAUGAGACAUUUUGAAAUGGGACAGUUGAAGACUGACUGGCUAAUUUAUGUGAACUGUGUUUUGAAAAAUAAAAAUC